AUGGACCACGGUCAUGAUACCGAGAGCUGCUAUGCGUUGAAGGAUCACCUUGAGGAAUUGGUACAAGACAGUCGGCUUAAGCAAUAUGUCCGCAAGGACAACUCAACCAAAACAGUGGCUUUACGGCAAGAUUCACCUCCACUUGGCGUAAUCCAUAUGAUAUACGGCUUGCCGACGGCAUCCGCGGUACAUGCAAUUCAGUCGCAUCCCAACACCCAAAAGCACAUCACACCGGCAAAACGGCCCCAUGAAGCUGUAAGUAUUACUUUUGAUGAUUUUGACUUGGUCGGCGUGACGUUCCCCUACAUCGACCCCUUGGUUAUCGAACUACGCGUAAACCGAUUCACCGUUGAGCGUGUUCUCAUUGACCAUGGGAGUACUUCAGAAGUUAUGUACUACAAGACCUUCAUCAAACUCUGGCUUACUGAGUCAGACCUAUCUCUAGCUCCUUAUCAGCUAUUCGCCUUCAACGCCAAUCCUGAAUAUCCGCUGGGCAAAAUCACAUUACUAGUUCGAGCGGGCUCCGGAUUAGUGAAUGUGGAAUUUUUGGUUGUCAAGCUUCCUUUGCUGUAUAAUCUGAUCAUGGAAUGA